UAAAUAUGUGCUUGUACCUCCCAUCGUUCUACCUCUACCAAAGUCAUUCGAUACUCGCGGCUGUCGUGGCUUUAAGCGGUGAAUUCACGACGACGUCGUCCUCCAGCUCAACGGUCCUCUCUCCCGCACCACUUGAUUGAACUUUUUCCUGCUCCGUUUCUUCCUUUCCCCGGUGCAAUUGUAAUGUGUUGGCACCAUGUCAGCUACUGAGUCUUCUUCUCGCCAGCCGGCACAGGAUGUUGGCGGAAAGAGGGAUCUACCCCUCAUGACCCGCGAUGAAAUUGAGGCUUUGAUCGCCAGUGGACGACAUAUUAUUAUCUACGGCGGAUAUGUCUUGCGGCUUGAUGGCUGGCUUCAAUAUCACCCAGGAGGAGCCAAGGCCAUCAUGCAUAUGGUGGGCAGAGAUGCAACUGACUGGAUCGAGGUUAUACAUUCGAAGGGGGCAAAGGAAAAAAUGGCGCGGUACCGCAUUGGCAAAAUCGAAGGUUCUUGGUUGAACUUCAGGCCGCCUAUCCAGGGCGGUAUCUUUCGAACCAUGGAAGAGAUCGAAUCGGACCAUAGCAAAGGUAUCCAUGGCAUAUCGACGGGAGAGGAUACGAGCUCCUCAAGCUCCCGAGCACCCUCGCCUGUAUUUGAUGUUGACACAAAGUCGUUGCGUGAUCGAAAAAGUGCGUCGGGACAUGCAGCAGCCAGGUCAGGGUCCAUCUCGUCCGAGUCAACUACGGACAAGACGCCGCUGGACGGCAUGUCCUAUCUAGACAUUGUCACUCGCGAGCAUAUCUCGCUUGAUCUUGAGAAAUACCCCGCUGUUGACGAAGCCACGCAAGCUCACAUUGUUGCCAAUUACCGCGAACUGCACCAGAAGAUUAUCGAUGCCGGCCUGUACAAAACAAAUUAUUCGGCAUAUGGCUGGGAAUGUCUUCGCUACUUUUCUCUGUUCGCUACGAUGCUGAUUGCUCUUUCCUAUGGUUACUACUUCAUCAGCGCACUAUCUCUUGGUUUCUUGUGGCACCAGCUCGUCUUCACAGCUCACGAUGCUGGCCACAUGGGCAUUACGCACGACUAUUUUAUCGACACGACUAUCGGCAUCUUCAUCGCUAAUUUCGUUGGUGGCCUCUCCCUAGGCUGGUGGAAGCACAACCACAAUGUUCACCACAUCGUGACAAAUGCCCCCGAGCACGAUCCCGACAUCGAACACAUGCCUCUCUUCGCUGUUUCUCACCGCCUACUGGGAUCCUUGCGGUCUACUUUUUACGAACGCGUCAUGGAGUAUGAUGCAUUUGCGAAAGUUCUCUUGCGCAUUCAGCCGUGGACCUACUACCCAUUCUUGGCUCUUGGUCGGUUCAACCUCUACGUCCUGUCGUGGGAUUAUAUCCUCAAUGGAAAGGGGCCUCGGAAGGGCCCAGCUGCGUACCAGCGUUGGCUCGAGCUAACAGGACAGGUGUUCUUCUGGAUCUGGUUCGGCUAUGGAAUUCUGUACAAGUCGAUACCUGAUGGCUGGUCGCGCUUUGUCUUUUUGAUGGUGAGCCACGUUGCAGCUUCUCCUCUGCAUGUGCAGAUUGUGCUGUCGCAUUUUGCCAUGAGCACCGCCGACCUGGGGCCGCAGGAGUCUUUCCCGCAGAUGAUGCUGAGAACGACAAUGGACGUUGAUUGCCCUCGCUGGCUUGACUUUGUUCACGGUGGCCUGCAGUUUCAAGCCAUCCAUCACUUAUUCCCCCGCAUGCCGCGCCAUAACUUCCGCGACGCACAGAAGCUUGUCAUUGAGUUUUGCAAAGAGGUUGAUAUCCCCUACGCAUACUACGGGUUCACAACGGCCAAUGGGCAGGUCAUUGGCAGGCUCGCAGAAGUUGCCAGACAGGCCGCCAUCUUUUCAAAGUGCCAGGAAACCAUCACCAAGACGAAAGAUUUUGCUAUAUAAAUGCUAUAGAAUGUUGCUAGAUAAAAGUCUCGCACUUGGAUAGAGGAGUAUAUGUGUAUGAAUACCUGAGAUUAGUAGAAACAAAUACAGGUAGGUUAAAAAAAAGGUGCGGUAGAAUUAUGCAGCUUUCUAAAGAAGCUUCUUUAUUAGUUAUUUAAAACUUCAAAUUUCUACCAGAUUUUUUUUCUUCU